AUGAAUAAUGAUGAAAUUGAACAAUAUACAGGAACAGGAGGACAAUCUCGUGCAUUACCAAUAGACCAAGAUGAUGAAGCUUCUAUGGAAGUACAAAAGUAUUUAUUAUCAGUACGACAAGAAGCAUUAACUGGUCCAUCAAUUACAUAUGUUGAAGCCACAACUACCACAGUGCAAAGUCAGCCUGUCAACACAAAUAAAGAAGAAGACAAACAGAACGUAGAAGAAGGUCACGAGCUUGUAAUAGAUCAAAACUUUAUAGACUGGUCAGAUCAAUUGGUUAAUCAACUCAGAUUGGUGAAACAACAAAUUGAUCCAUCACAAUUAUCAUCACCAAUAGAAGACCCAUAUAUCCCCAAAGAUAACAAUUCAUGGAGGAAAUAUAUGAGUGAGAAUGAACCACCAGGAAUAUCAUAUUUCUAUAACCACUUAGACAAACCAACAAUAUUUAAAUUAAUCAUAUAUAUUACCAAAUGGUUAAGUAUCUCCCCUAAAGAUACAUUAUCUCGAUGGAUUUGGAAAUUGUUUAUAAGAAUAGAUACUCCAUUGCAAGCUGAUGAAUGUUCAAUAAUGAGAGAUUUAUGUAAGAAGGCAAUCAAGAUAAAAACAAAACAGAAUUUGGUGGCUAAUGAUGAAAUAUCUACUAAUAGUUCAUUUACGGUUGAUAUGAUAAUUGUGGUUGUUUCCAAAUAUUAUGGACAAUUGGAUUUAUUCCCUGCAUGA